GGAGGACGAGUGUCUCUUCCGCUGUUUGCUGGCUCCGCCCAGCGGCGUGGAUCCGGUCGGAGCACAGCGUGGAGUGGGUACUGUCUGUGCGCGGAAUGGCCCCCACGGAUCUGGCGUUGUUGAGCGUUUCGGAUAAGACUGGUUUGUUGGACUUUGCCAGGCGUCUGGUUUCUCUCGGCCUGUCCCUUGUGGCUUCUGGUGGCACAGCCAAGGCUCUACGCGAGGCUGGCCUCUCUGUCCGGGAUGUGUCCGAGAUCACCGGCUUUCCCGAAAUGUUGGGCGGCAGGGUGAAGACCCUACAUCCGGCUGUUCACGGAGGUAUCUUGGCGCGGAACAUUCCGGAAGACGUGGCUGACGUCGAAAAGCUGGGUUUCAGCCUGAUAAGGGUCGUGGCCUGUAACCUGUACCCGUUCGUGAAGACCACUUCUGCCCCAAAUGUGACCGUGGCGGAGGCCGUGGAGCAGAUUGACAUCGGCGGAGUGACGUUGCUGAGGGCAGCAGCCAAGAAUCACGCCCGUGUGACCGUGGUGUGCGAUCCCGCCGACUACCUGCUGGUCGCCCAGGAGAUGGAGGCUUCGGAGCAGAGAGACACAUCCGCGGAUACCCGGAAGGACCUGGCGCUGAAGGCUUUCACCCACACGGCCCAGUACGACGACGCGAUCUCGGAUUACUUCCGGAGGGAGUACGGCCCGGGGAAGGUGCAGCUGUGCCUGAGAUACGGGAUGAAUCCCCACCAGACUCCUGCCCAAAUCUACACGCAAAGGCCUCAGCUGCCCAUCCGAGUCCUGAACGGAUCUCCCGGCUUCAUCAACCUGUGCGAUGCCUUGAACGCCUGGCAGCUGGUGAGAGAACUGAAGCAGGCCCUGUCUCUGCCGGCAGCCACGUCCUUCAAGCAUGUCAGCCCUGCCGGUGCCGCUGUUGGUGUGCCACUGACCGAGGAGGAGGCCAAGGUCUGUAUGGUCCACGAUAAGUACGACGCUCUUACUCCGCUAGCUACAGCCUACGCCAGGGCGAGGGGUGCCGACAGGAUGUCCUCCUUUGGUGACUUCAUCGCCCUGUCCGACAUUUGUGACGUCCCGACAGCCCAGAUAAUCUCCAGAGAGGUGUCUGAUGGAAUUAUCGCCCCUGGUUACAAGCAAGAGGCCUUGGCCAUUCUGUCCAGAAAGAAAAAUGGGAACUAUUGUGUCCUUCAGAUGGACCCAGAGUACGAACCCGACGAGGUUGAAACACGGACCAUUUUCGGGCUGCAUCUGGCCCAGAAGAGGAACGGCGCGAUCGUUGGUCGGUCGUCGUUUGAAAAGCAGAUCACCUCACCCAAGGAGCUGCCAGAUUCUGCGAUUCGAGAUCUGACAGUAGCCAGUAUUGCUGUGAAGUACACACAGUCUAACUCUGUGUGCUACGCGAAGGAUGGCCAGGUGGUUGGCAUUGGAGCAGGGCAGCAGUCCCGCAUUCACUGCACCAGACUGGCAGGGGACAAGACUGACCACUGGUGGCUCCGGCACCACCCCAAGGUGCUGGCCAUGAAGUUCAAAGCGGGCACGAAGCGGGCCGAAAUGGCUAAUGCCAUUGACCAGUACGUCGGGGGCACAAUGGAGGAGGAGGAUCUGCCCGCCUGGCGCGCCAUGUUCGAGGACCCCCCCGAGCCACUCUCGGACACCGAGCGGAAGAACUGGAUCUCCCGGCUGAGCGGUGUCGCCCUGAGCUCGGACGCUUUCUUCCCAUUCCGUGACAACGUUGAGCGGGCUAAGAAGAGCGGAGUUGACUUCAUCGUCGCCCCGUCUGGAUCAGCAGCCGACCGGCUCGUGAUUGAUGCCUGUGAGCAGCUGGGUAUAACACUGUUCCACACCAACCUGCGGCUCUUCCACCACUAGAGGCUAUACACAUACGCACGCACGCACACGGUUCUCAGCCCUGUGUGACCCAUUCACAGGCCAUUAUCGCAAAGAGAUGUUGUUUGUACUGUGGCCCAGAUUGAGUUGGCAGAGCGCGCCCUGCCUUCCAAAGAUUAUCAACUUGUUUUUACAUCUGAAGAAAAUGUCUGGGGUGACAGCCACUCGCUGGAGUGAUGUGCCUCAGUUUAGUUUUCCCAAAUAAAUGCCGACAGUUCGGUAGCCGAA